AUGAAAGAAGACUUUGGUGAAAUCAAAGAGUGCACGUCGUCUUCCUCCUCCUCCUCUUCCUCUUCCGACGAAGGGGAAGAGGAGGCGAAGGAAGGAGAAGACUUUGCGUUAAACAUCGAGCGGACAUCAUCGAGUAAAGUAAAGAAGAAAAAGAAGAAGAAACGUUUUUUUUUCUCAUCGAAGAAAAAAAAUGUUCCUUCGUCAUCGGAUGAGGAUGACGACGACGAGUCCAUUGAUUUCAUCGACUUCUUGGACGACGAAGAGCGCGCGCUCAUGAGCACGAAUAAACUCGAGCACAGAAUCGAAAAUCUAGACGCGAAAACCGACCGCGCGUUUUCCAUUUUGCACGCGCAAUUUUUUACGCAAACGUCCGUGGACGUGGAGAAAUUCGUCAAACCGCUCUUGCACGACGAAGAGGACGCGACGUUUGUGAAGUUUAAAGUCGCCGCGGAACGAUUAAGAGCGAAAGUGCAUCGACACCAGUCGCAUCGUAAGAUAGAGGAACACGAGAUUAGGCAGGCAGCUGCGAACGCAAACCGUCCCGGGUGUAAGAUGUUUACGAAUUUGAAGGGGAAAUUUUUACGCCUUGACGAAAACGCAAAUUCGGCGCCCAAGACGGCGAAUUUGAGAUCGGACGUGGCCAACGCGGAUACCGCGGUGAAUAUUGGAUUGAAAUUGGCGGAGUGUUUGAGAAGAGAUUCAGUGUUUCAGAGUCGAGAGGUGACGACGUACGAUGGAGAGAAUAACAUCGUGUGCGCGGAUGGAGAGGACGAGAACGCGAGCCGCUGGAGCCUAGAGCCAGAUUUACACUUUGACGGCGAAGACGAAUCCGUAAAACGUUUUCUACUCGCAACGCGGCUCAUUAUUGCUCAAAUCGCAGAAAUAUUACGUCCGCGCGGGCCCGGGUUUAAUGAAAAGUCGCCCUCCUCGGCGGAAAACGAUGCCGGUGAAGACGCGUCGAUGAAGAAGAAGAAGAGCGAAACCGAGGAGGUGACGUAUAACCAUGCCGAUCCUUUCGACGCGUACGAUUCGAGCGACGAAGAAAAAGCCGUUCGAAGCGAUACGGGAGUUCUGGCUUUGCCCCCACCUCUCGGAUCACACGUCGUGCGAUGCGUGGAAACGCCUGAAAGUCUCGAUUUCGUGCGAUCGAUCCCAGACGGCACGCCGUUGAGCGUCUACUUCCAAGAAAACAACGCGUACAACUUCAAAGAUAUUCGCACUGCGGAUCACUUUCUCGACGGCUCGAGGCAAAAGAUACGAAGUUCGACGAAGAUUCAAGCCAUUCCAAGAGCUGAAAUGUACGGCGCUUCGCUCUUGAUUCAUUUAGAACUGCCCGGUCCGAUGGAUCGAGAAGAGAGCGCGCCGAAGGACGUUUGCCGAGAAGGUUGUUACGUCGAGUUAUACGGUGCGAGCGGACAUCCGGAUUACUUAUCGCGCUGGCGAAGACGCGAUAACUGUCCGAGAUCGGAACGAAGCAUCGAUACCGAAGUGUACACGUUCACGUUACCGACGCUCAAAGCGCACGAGUUUUACUUGCGUAAACCCAUCGGCGAGCUCUGCGGCGACGUGAAAAUCGAGUGCGAAAAAACCGGUUUAGAAGCCAUUUUGAAAUUCCACGAGUACGAUGCCGAGUUUUCGCCGGCGAUGCGUAAUCUCGUUACGGGCGUCGUUACGAAAAAAGAGACGAACGAAGUCAAGCGCAUGCUCUUCGGCACGUGGGAUUCGGUCAUCUUUUGGGAAGAUCCAGCCGAAACGAAAAGCGACGACUUGCAAGUCGUAUUCGCCGAAGCCGAGAAACUCUCGAAAGGCAUUUUAUACGACGACCGUAAACACGCCGUCACGCAGAGAGGAUUUGUUCGGCCUUUAUCGCAAUCGACGACGAACAAAGUUCAUUCGCUCGCAACGGCCAUCAAAUGUCCACAAACCAUGUCGCGCGAAAAAUUGUGGAUGGCCAUCCAAUCCGCGAUUCGAUACUCCAAGAAACUCGGCCAUUUAGGCUCUUUCUGCUCGAAACUGCUUUUGGGAUCCGAAACGCUCGAAGGCCAAGACGAACAGAGAGGCACGGGUACGCUCGAUUUAGACAUGGGCUGGGAGAUGACCACUCUGGUGGCCACAAAACUUCCAGCGGACGCGGAACCUCCUUUACCGGGUAUUUGGGAGAUGCGACCGUCGCCGCCGCCUAGAGCUGGGCAUGUGGAGAAGUACGCUUGCGGCUUGUUUAACAGAGUUACAGAAGGCGAAAAAGAAGAAGAAGAAACAGAAAAAAAGAAGAGCGAAAGAGAAGCGAAGUAA